UUCUCUGCGCAUAUUGAGAGAGAGAGACAGACAGACAGACAGAGAGAGAUCGUGAAGCAGAGAAGAGAAGCAGCAGAGACAUAUAUAUACAUAUAAUGGGUAGCAGUACUGCAUAUGGAAGAAUAGCGAUGGAGGUGGGAGCUGAUGGGGUUGCUCUCAUAACCAUUAUCAACCCUCCUGUUAAUUCCCUCUCCUUUGAUGUGAUGCGCAGCAUGAAAGACAGUUAUGAGGAGGCAUUACGAAGAGAUGAUGUGAAGGCAAUUGUUAUUACAGGAGCGAAGGGCAAUUUUGCUGGGGGGUUUGAUGUUUCAGCUAUUGGAGGAUGUCAGGAGGGAACGAGGGAGACAGAACAAAGGCCUGGCUAUUUAGCUGUAGAUGUUAUCACUGACAUUUUCGAAGCUGCGAGAAAGCCUUCAGUUGCUGCCAUUGAUGGGCUUACCAUAGGUGGAGGAUUAGAGAUUGCAAUGGCAUGCCAUGCUAGAAUAUCAACUCCAACUGCGCAAUUAGGGUUGCCUGAACUGACGCUUGGAAUAAUUCCUGGACUUGGGGGAACACAGAGACUUCCACGUCUUGUUGGUCUCUCAAAGGCGCUUGAUAUGAUGCUGAUGUCAGAGCUAGUCAAAGGGGAUGAAGCUUUUACUUUUGGUCUCGUGGAUGCCAUUGUUUCACCUGAUGAGUUGUUAAAAACUGCACGUCAAUGGGCCCUUGAUAUCUUCGACUCCAGAAGGCCAUGGGUUACCACUCUUCACAAGACCGACAAGAUAGAACCCCUUGGGGAAGCAAGGGAUUUACUCAAGGUUGCCAGAGCUCAGGCCCAGAAACAGGCUUCCAAUCUUAAACACCCAUUGAUUUGCAUUGAUGUUAUCGAAGAGGGUAUAGUUCGAGGUCCCCUCGCAGGACUAUGGAAGGAAGCGGAAGCUUUUCAAGAACUUCUGUAUUCUGACACUUCCAAGAGUUUGGUCCAUAUCUUCUUCGCUCAAAAUGGAACAUCAAAGGUACCUGGAGUUACUGAUGUCGGUUUAGUUCCAAGACCAGUGAAUAAGAUUGCUGUCGUUGGUGGAGGACUAAUUGGCUCUGCAAUAGCAACGGCAUUAAUUCUUAGUAAUUAUAAAGUAAUCCUUAAAGAAGUAGAUGAAAAGUUCUUGCAGGCUGCGAUUGGUAGAGUCAGAGCCGACCUGCAAAGCAGUUUGAAGAAAGGGAAAAUGUCUAGUGAGAAGUUUGAGAAAACCAUCUCUCUUCUCAAUGGUGUCCUUGACUAUGAAAGCUUUGAAGAUGUGGACAUGGUGAUUGAGGCUGUUACAGAGGAUGUUUCUUUGAAGCAACAAACUUUUGCUGAUCUUGAAAAGUAUUGCCCACCACAUUGCAUAUUUGCAAGUAGCGAUUGCACAAUUGACUUGAACCUGAUUGCAGCAGAUAGGACAAAGUCAAAAGAUCGUAUAGUUGGAUCUCAUUUCUUCAGUCCGGUUCAUGCCACGCCAAUUUUGGAAAUUGCUCACACUAAGCAGACGUCUCCUCAAGUGAUUGUUGACUUGAUACAUGUUGGGAAAAGUAUGAGGAAAACUCCAGUAGUAGUUGGAAAUGGCCCUGGAUAUGCCAUAAACAGGAUGUUCUUCCCUUAUACACAAGCGGCUCUUUUGCUCGUUGAGCGUGGUACUGAUCUCUAUCAGAUUGAUGGGGCUAUUACCAACUUCGGAAUGCCAAUGGGCCCUUUCAGAUUGGCUGAUCUGGUUGGCCUCGGUGUUGCAAUUGAGACUGGCAAGCAAUUUGUUCAGAAUUUUCCUGAGCGAACAUAUAAGUCAAUGCUUAUCUCACUUUUACAGGAGGACAAGAGAGCAGGUGAGACUACUCACAAAGGGUUCUAUGUGUAUGAUGAGGAACUCAAUGCUAGCCCUGAUUCUGAAUUGGAAAAAUAUAUCGAGAAGUCAAGGAGCAUUUCUGGAGUAACCAUUGACCCUAAGCUAAUGAAGGUAACAGAAAAGGAUAUUGUGGAGAUGAUAUUCUUCCCCGUGGUGAAUGAGGCCUGCCGAGUCCUUGCUGAAGGUAUUGUAAUCAAUGCAGCAGACCUUGACGUUGUUGCCGUUAUGGGCAUGGGUUUCCCACCUUACAGGGGAGGUAUUAUGUUCUGGGCUGAUUCUAUCGGAUCCAAAUACAUUUAUUCAAGAUUGGAGGAAUGGUCAAAGAUAUAUGGAGAAUUCUUCAAGCCCUGUGCCUAUUUGGCUGAAAGAGCUGCCAAGGGGACUCCUCUGAGUUCUCCAGUGCAGCAAGCAGCACCUCAAUUGUAAGAUCGAUUUACUGGGUUGCAUCGCCUGCUUGGUUCAAAAAUCUCCUUGUAUUCUUCCACAAGCCUCGGUCCCACAAGCAUUUAGACCAAUUACACAAGUGAGACCAUCUUCACCAACAAGCAACAACCCCUUCGACCAAUUGCAGUCAAGCGUACCAUCAAAAUGUUAACGAUUUACUCGUGUGGAUAAUGAUGACAGACCAUCAAAUAAUGCUGCUGAAGAUGUCGAGGAUAUCAUCUAAUCUCUACUGCCAGUUGUCACUCAGCUUUUGGAGCUCAUCUCUCUGUUAAAUCUCGUUGUAGAUUAUAUCAUUUUCAUCUCUUAUGUAAGAAUCCAAAUAAAAUAAAUAAAUAAAUAAUGAUACAGAUAUUAUG